AUGCCGAUUCGGCUGAUCAAUACCGCCACCUUAAGUCUCAAAGAGUUUAUGGGAGAAAUACCUGACUAUGCAAUUCUUUCUCAUACUUGGGUGACGGAUGAAGAAGUGACUUUUCAGGAAAUAGAUGGCAUCUCUCGCGAUCCUGAUCAUUCGGCUACAAAGAAAUCGGGAUAUCAUAAGAUACGAGCGACGUGCGAAACAUGCCGUGGCCAUGGAUUCCAAUACGUCUGGAUUGACACUUGUUGCAUCGACAAGUCAAGCAGUGCUGAGCUAAAUGAGGCCAUUAACUCCAUGUUCAAGUGGUAUGAGAAUGCAAAAACAUGCUACGUUUAUCUGGCAGACCUCACAGCUAAACCUAGCUACACCGAGUCGCUGAAGCAUUGCCGAUGGUUGACUCGUGGUUGGUGCCUCCAAGAGCUACUUGCACCCCGGGAUGUGAGAUUCUAUGGCGCGAAUUGGGAUUUUAUCGGCACAAAGAUCGAGCUGCAGGAAACGCUCUCAGAUUUGACGGGCAUUGAUGAUGAUGUCCUCAAUGGGAAUACACCCUUACAUGCCAUUCCGGUGGCAAGGCGGAUGUCCUGGGCAGCGAGAAGGAACACAACGAGAAUGGAAGAUACUGCAUACUGUCUGCUUGGCAUAUUCGACAUCAACAUGCCCAUGCUCUAUGGAGAAGGUGAAAAAGCAUUUCUGCGACUUCAGGAAGAAAUCAUCCGGCGUUCCAAUGAUCUGUCGAUCUUCUGCCAUUCAGAACUACUAGCCGGACCUCUUCCGGAGAGAGAGGAAGAAGAAGAGGACGCAUCAUGGCACUCCCAGUAUCAAGAUCUUUUUGCACAGUCGCCGGCAGAUUUUGGUCUCUGCGGAAAUGUUGUCGCCAAGAUGUCCCCGUCGUUGUCUCUCGAUGUCUUUGAGCUGACAAAUGUCGGGCUUCAUUUCAAAGACGUGAGCCUCCACCUAUACAAGGAGCUCGAUGAGCGGCCAGAUGGUACUGAAGUCGGGUACCAAGUCUUUGGAUUAUACGGGAUCCAGCUGAAGUGUUCUUCCUGGCCUCGUCGGACACAGUGCUGCAUGUACCUGCGCAAGGUCGGACCAGGACUCUACGUGAGGGUCCGAGUCAAUACUGAUUUCUUUUGGCAACUCAGUGAUACUUCGAAUGAAGAGAUAUACAUUCUCCCGAAAAUCACCACUGAGAUUCGACCGAGACUAGACAGGUCUCACGAUAAUGCUAUUCAAUUCAGACUGGAAGGUGCGCUUAAAUGGUGCAUCCUUGGGGACCCAGUUCCACAUGACCGAUGGGAUGCUCCCACUUCCCAGUUUUUGAAUUUUGCAUCAUCGUCGUUUCGCGGGUAUGUUGGGGUUCGGGUCGGUUCUAAUCCAUUCUUUUCCGAAGUGGAAAGGAUAAACAUUUACGUGGUUUGUGGGCAACGACCCCAUCCUUUCGGUGUUUGGGUUCACCUGGUUAGCGAAGAGCAUUUGCAAGAGAGCAUCAGGGGAUUUGGCAACGUGCUUUUGGCUCUUCCGAGUUUGAUUGCUCCUCUUAAGCGCUUUCCGUCUGAUCUGGCCAGCCUUCAGGUCAGCGACAAGAGAUUUUAUGCACAAGUGCGACACCUCCCUUCUAGAUCGCCGCGAUUCAUUGUCACCCUUACUUGUGAGUAUGGGACCGGCGAAAAUUCUCCGUCUGACUCAGAAAUGGGCGAGGGGUAA